UUGAUAAGUUGAGUUAUAACUUUUACAUCGAAGCCAAUGGCAUUGGAGCAAGUAUUUUUAGAUCGGGACAGUGAAGAUGAAGUUGACGAUGACAUUGCUGAUUUUAAAGAUAGGAGGAUGCAUGAUGAUUUUGUGGAUGUGACAAAGGAUGAGAAACAAAUUAUGCAUCUGUGGAAUUCUUUUGUCAGGAAACAAAGGGUUCUAGCUGAUGGUCAUAUUCCAUGGGCGUGUGAGGCGUUUUCGCAGCUUCAUGGGCAAGAUCUUGCACGAUCUCCGGCUUUAAUGUGGUGUUGGAGGCUACUUAUGGUGAAACUUUGGAAUCACAGUCUCUUGGAUGCACGUACCAUGAACAUCUGUAGCUUAAUACUUGAAAGAUACCAAAAUGAGAACUCGGGCCCAAAGCAAAGCUGAUUAUUAGGAAACCUUCAUUUGUGUUAGGGUGGUCGGCAAGCAACCAACCAGAACUACUUGGUGCUAAUUAACACCCCUACCAUUUUUUUGGAACGUUUCCUAUGCAUUUUUUAAAUAUUUAUGUAAUUUCUUGGGGGUAUUAUUGUUUUCAUUCAUAGAGUGUUUGGGGGAGGAAAAAUUGCCUUCACAUGGCUGCAAGCGAUUGUCACCUUACAUGAAUGUUCAUAUAUUCUUUUUAACUCAGAAGGCAAAGUUCAGUUAGUGCUUUUAAGA